AUGGGAACUUGUUAAUAAUGCAAGUAGUAGACAACUCCUGAAAUUAUAAAUGUUGUACCCACAAUUCCAAGAGAAUCAAAAAGUGCUAACAUUCGAAAUAUCAUCCAGUUGAUGAAUGAAUUUGAUAAUUACAUAAUUAUCAAGACUACCUAAUACUCAUUUUUAUUUGAUGAUGAUAUCGGUUUGGGCAGGCAGGAAAACACCAAAACGAUCACAACACAAGGGACUGUGAAACCAAUCAAUCUAUCCAAGUUACGAGCAGCGAAUGAGGACCUCAAGCAAUUGAAGAAUUAAUCUAACGAAUAAGACAAAUGCAUGAUUGACAAGAAAAUGGUCUUCCAGAGUGGUCUUGAAUUAGGUGAUACCUUACCUUCAAUAAAAUUCCAAUUGUUAUUCAACGAUCAUGAUCAGGUUCUGAAUUUGCAAGAGGGCAAAUACACUCUAAUAAAAUCAUGGAGUCAAGGAGAACAAAUGGUUAAUUUUGAGCAUGCCAUAGAUUUGAUUGACUCUCUGAAAUAGACUGAUUUGCAAUUGAUAGGGUUGGCAAGAGGCAAUAUCGAGUAGAAAUCAGUUUAUGAAGAGUUGGUGCGAUCAAAUCACAGAUGGGAAAACUUUCAACACAUCUAUAUCUGCACAGAAGGACAGGAGAACCUUGACAAUCACAUCUUGGAUAUCUACUUCCAAGAAAAUACUAAUGAAGUAGAGGAAGGGUUUUAGGUUGGUGCCUUGUUGUUUUAUGGGACAAAAUUAAUAUGGAAGAGAUAUAAUCAUGAGUGGGAUAUAUUCUCAGAUUCUGAGGAAGUGGCUCAGGAAGUAACAACCCUAAUUAAUAAAGGUGUGAAAGAAUAUUCUGGAAAACAGCAAACUAAUCUUGUUAGCAGCAUCACGAAAGAAUAAUAUUGUUAAAUCAAGAAAUUUGUUUUGGAUCAACAAACUCAAUAGCCUUUCACAAGGAAAAUCAAUGUAAGUGUCACCAAGAGAACAUUCUUUGGGAAGAAUAACAAAACUAUUGUUUAUGACAAUCCCAUUAUAGAUGUGAAUUGUUCACCAAAAUCAUAACAAAUUACUGAAUCUUUCAUUAGACCUCUCGGAUCUAAAAGUGUUGUUUGGGAUGGGUAAUUGCUAAAGAAAGCAUUAACAUAAAAAAUAUAAUCAAAAAACCUUAAUAUAGAAGCAGCAUUGGAAAGACAAAUCAAAAUUUAAAUCAAUUACGAAAAGAAUAUUAUUUCAAUACCCUAAUGGGAAUCUUCCGCUUUGGUUCCCUAUUAUAAAUCCACUCUAUACAUCUCGUAAGUCAAAUAAUGGAUUCAUGCCAGAGAUGAGGUACUGAGUGAAUGCGAGAGCUCUGAUGAUCCUGUUACUGCCAGAAUCAACAAGAUGAUCAAAGACUUUUUUACUCAUAUCCCCACAGUGGAAAGAAUUCAAAAUCAGCAGUAUGGAAAGAUACCCUAUGCAGAAAAAAGGAAGCCCCCCUAUGAGGAGAUGUCUAUCUCUAAGAGCUUGGGCAAUGAAGAAAUCACCAGAAAACAAGACAAAAUUCUAUUGAUUCUUUUGAUUGAUUAUGAAAAUGAUGACACACUGGAAUUAUUAAAAAGUCUGAUUAAAUACAAAAAAGAAAAUCAAUGUCCUUUACAAAUUGCUGUUUUGGGACAUAUCAGAGCAGAAUCUUGGACUAAACUAUUCCAAGCAUUCAUGGAAAAACAUAAAUUAAACAAUGAUGCAGAAGAAGGGGUUAUUGAAACUUGGUUCCCAGUUGAAGAUAAAAUAGGCUCAAUUACCUUUAGUGCUAUUCUAAGUAAAAUGUACAAUCUUGUACUUGAAAAAAGAGAUUGCAUGCUUGUUGAUUUAAAAAAUUAGAUUCGGGUAUUGGAAUCAAGCAGAAGAGUAAUUCCUAAAAUCCAUACCUACAUCAAUGAUUUACAAAACUAUUCCUAAAAUCCAGAAAGAGAAAUCAGCAAUUAUCGAAAUUAAUAUUCUUAGUUUAAAAAAUGUAUUCGAAAAGAACACAAUCUUAAGGAAAUAACUACUAAAAUUAAGUAGUAAUGCAAAGAGGAUGACACUUUGAUAAUGUAUGAGUAAAAGAAAUCCAAAGUUUGGGAUUUUGAGAAUGGUAAAAUCAGUGAAACCAGGAAAUACUCGUAACCUACUAAAAUUUUGAGGUUACCCCCUAAAUCAACUGAAUUAGACAACUUGAAUUCAAUUAUAAGCAAGUACAUUGAAAGCUAAGAUAUUUUAUAAAUGAAAUGA